AUGGCGUCGUCUGUGCAUUUCAAAUUCAAGUCACAAAAGGAACCCUCAAGAGUGACCUUUGACGGUACAGGAAUUUCAGUUUUUGAACUCAAGCGUGAAAUAAUCAGCCAGAAUAGAUUGGGUGACGGCACUGAUUUUGAGUUGUCAAUUUAUAAUGAAGACACCGGAGAAGAAUAUGAUGAUGACACCGCUAUUAUUCCCCGAUCGACAUCCGUCAUAGCACGUCGACUACCGGCAGCACGGCCUGGUAAAGGAGGCGCCGCACGUUAUGUCUCCGGCAAAAUGCCUUUAACCGCUCGUGGUUCUACGCGCCCAGAUCUACCAUCUACAGGCCGAACUACUUCAGGCGCUGGUCCGGCAGGUCAAGCUUCGAUACCAGGGCUAGACAGUGCGCAAACCGAAGAUGAGAAAAUCGAUGCCUUGUUCAAUCUUCAGGCAAACCAGUGGAAGGAACAACAACAGGAAAUGGCAAAUGCAACCCCAGUUGCUUUUGGAAGAGGCCGUGGUAAGCCUCUUAAUGUUCCAGAUCAUCCACCACCCCCGGGAUACCUCUGCUACCGAUGCAGAGAGAAAGGACAUUGGAUCCAGGCAUGUCCGACGAAUAAUGAUCCGAAUUUUGAUGGCAAAUAUCGGGUCAAGAGGUCGACUGGUAUUCCUCGAUCACUACAAACAAAGGUAGACAAGACGACGGCUAUGGCGAUGGAUGGGUCUGCUGAAGAUUUGAAAAACUCGGGUGUUAUGGUCAAUGCCGAUGGCGAUUUUGUGAUUGCCCAGCCAGACAAGGCUGCAUGGGAAUUGUAUCAAGAAAAAGCAAAGGCAUCUGCCGCUGCCGCUGCUGAGGCUGCUGCUGCUGAAGGAAGCAAAGAACUUCAAGCUAGAGGAUUAGAAUGUCCAAUUGACAAGCGCAUGUUUCUGGAACCAACCAAGACACCUUGCUGCAAUCGAACAUAUUGCAAUGACUGUAUUACCAAUGCUCUCAUUGAAAGUGAUUUCAUUUGUCCUGGUUGUUCAACUGAAGGUGUAUUAUUGGACAAUUUAACAGUUGACGACGAAGCCGUCGCCAAGAUAAAAGCGUUCGAAGUUGAAAAGGCCGAGGGAAAAAAGGAGAAGGAAAAGCAAGAAGAUAAUAAAGAAGCCCUUGUUGAACAAGAAGAAGAGCCAAAAUCUAGGAGUACUUCUGUGAAGCCUGUUGUUGCCACAGCUGCUACCGUGUCUUCGCCUGGUGUUCAAAGCGCCACAAGCACGAGCAAGAAAAGAACAGCUGAAGAUGAGCCCGAAGUUGAGGCUACAGAAAGACCUGACUCAUCGGCAUCUUUUAAGAAGCAGAAAGCCGACGACAGUAAGCAAUCGAAUGGCGAACAAGCAGACGCACAAACACAAAACACCACAUCCGAAAAUAACGACAACAACAAUAUGCAUAAUAAUAUGAUGCCGUUCCCAAUGAACCCCCAAAUGCCUUUCCCGAAUGCUGGAUUUUCACAAGUUCCAGGCAUGACACCGAUGCCUUUCGACAACAAUUUCAUGCCAGGGGCCAUGAAUCCAAUGAUGAACCCCAUGAUGAUGCCUAUGGGCAAUGCAUUCCAAAACCCAGGCUUUAAUGGAUGGAACCAGAUGGGCGGGACUAGCUUCCCUUUCCCGGCUAACGGAAUGUUUGGGGACGGCUCGAUGAUGCAGGGAAACAACUAUGGACAGUUUAACAAUAAUUUCAACGCGAUGCAAAUGGGACAGGGGAGUCAAUACAUGUCACAGCAGCAGCCCGGAUUUCAGCAGGGGAUGGGAAUGAACAACUUCUCAAACCAACAACGGAAUAAUUACAACUACAACAAGGCAGCUGGUAGUAAAGACGACGACAGUCCCUAUUUCCGCCAGCCUGUGAACCCUCAGCGUCAUCAGGCUAGACAACGCCGAGUACGUCCCAGUGAUUACCGUGAGCUUUAA